AUGGCGACAAGCAUGACUGCCGGCCCCUUAGGCGCCUCAAUGUACCGGUCCUUGGGCUGGCACUCCGUCUUCUGCCUCGAGCUUGGCUUCGCGGCCAUCGGCUUAGUCGUCUUACACUUCUCGUUUUUAAGACUACGGUCGCGCCCAGAGCAUUCGCAUUCGAUGCUGCUCAAUGAAGGGGAUUCCAAGGUACCUCGCAUUGAUCUCGGGGGUUGGGUACUACUUAGCCUGGCAGUUAUCGUACCACUCAUCGCCCUUACGCUAGGAGACAAUCUGAUCAGCUGGGACCACCCGCUCGAGAUUUCUCUUCUCAUUUGUGGGCCCAUUCUUAUAGCGUCGUUUGUGCUCUUCGAAGCAAAAGCGGCUGCCGUUCCGAUCAUAAACAUGACACCCGUCUUCAAGAUGGAAUACUUGGUGGUGUUGUUCCAAGUGUUUGGGGUGAUAUCAAUCCUCAACUCGGUACCAAACUGCCUUAGUCUUCGGCCCAAUGAAGUCCGCUUGGCUAACCGCGUCAACAGAUUGUCUUCAUCAUCCCGCCAUACAUUCAAGUCCGCGCCUUUAACACACCCUCCUUCGAGGACUGGGCCUUGA